CGUGAUUUAUGAUAAUAAUUUGAUGAAAUGGGUUUAAUGGCACUGAGAGAAGAAAGCUGUGGCGUCUCUGAUGCGUUCUUCUUCAGUUACGGGAUAACAGGGGAGAAGAAGAAGAAGAAGAAGAGACUUAAAACUAAAAAGAAAAAGAAAACAAAAACUGGUGGGAAUGGGAUGGAAUAUGUUCUGUUAUUCGCCCGGGGAUUGGCGGGAGAGAGGUCAGGAAGUGGCGCGAGGAUGGAAACGUGCGACCAAGUCAAGUCAACUCUCUCUCUCUAUCUCUCUCUCUCUCUCUCACUAAGCACCAACAUUCUCCUCCACGUAAAUUAAUGUCUAACUAAUUAAUUAAUCCCCAUUUUGUAUAAUCAAUUCCUUUGUUUAUCAAUUUACAAUUUGGCAAACGUGUCCAUGAAUGAAAUUAAG